UUCGUUCUCUGGCGAAGCCUGCAACAAAUACUACCAAAUUUUACCAAAUACUACCAAAAAUUACCACAAAUACUAGUAAGCUGAUUUCCAGAAUGGCUUCACGCAACCAGGCUACUAUCCCUCUCGUGACGGCUGAUGAAUGGUGGGGAAAAUGCAAGAAAGUCGAUGUUUUAGGUUCGAAGAUGUCCUAUUACGACUCCGAUCCCCAGAAUAGGAGCGGUAAGCAUACGGCCGUGUUCCUGCACGGCAACCCAACGUCUUCGUAUCUUUGGAGGAAUGUGAUACCCCAAGUAGAACCCAUCGCCAGGUGUCUGGCUCCUGAUCUCAUUGGGAUGGGAAGGUCUGAUAAGCUGGCUAGCCGUUCCUACCGCUUCUUGGAUCACUACCGCUAUCUGUCAGCCUGGUUUGAUGCCCUCAAAUUACCAGAAAAGAUAACCGUCGUAUGUCACGACUGGGGUACAGCCCUUGGCCUCCACUGGUGUAGUGAGCACAGGGAUAGACUCGAAGCUAUCGUCCACAUGGAAGGCGUCUUAAAGCCAAUGACUUGGGACAUCUUCCCCGACUCUAUGCGGGACAUCUUCCUGGCGUUGCGCUCGGAUGCCGGCGAAGAGAUGAUCCUGAAGAAGAACAUGUUCAUAGAAACCAUACUUCCGCUCGCCAUCAAGCGGAAGCUUCGCCAGGAGGAGAUGGACGCUUACCGGGAACCGUUCAAGAACCCUGGAGAGGACCGACGCCCUCUGCUCACAUUCCCCCGUCAAAUCCCCAUCCAGGGAGAGGGCCCAGAGGAAACGGUUGCCAUAGCUACGGCCUACCACGCCUGGAUCAAGGGGACUGCGGAUCUUCCAAAGUUUUGCAUCCUCGCAACUCCUGGAAUAUUCAGUGAAUGGGGCACGGGGAUCACGAAGGAUUGGCCGAAUCAUAAGGUAGUCCAGGUUGAAGGGUCGCAUUUCUUUCAGGAAGAUUCACCCAUCCAGACUGGGGAUUACAUCAAGGAAUUCUUAUCAAGUGUCUUCAAAUAGGUGGAUCAUAAUUAUACACCAGGGACAGAUCUAAGUUUUUUUUUUAGAGGGUGUAGUAAUGCAACAAUCGGCAUAACAAAUGUAAACAUACUUAAUACAUAAAUUACAUACAUUCUAUCAUACAAAGGCGGUUGGGUAACCAAGACCCCGAUCUUUCCUUCUCGUUGUGGAAAUCAAUAUCCCAAAAUCUCCUUUUCUUCUUCAUUGCCUCCUCUUCCUCCCCAUCUUUCUUCUCCUUCGUUUCUCUCU